AUGCGGCCUUCGCCCUUUGACCCCGAUGCGCCGCGCGUGCUGUCACCAAUGGGGUGGCUCCACCGCUACGUGCGCCAGCGAUGGCGGGGGCGCUUCCUGCUCUUUGUGGAGGACCUGAUGCCCGAGCGCGCGCCAUAUGGGGCUGCGGCCGAGGAUGAGCGCUGCGGCACGGGUGACGACGUCGCCAGUACCCCAUCGCUCGAGGUGGUGCAGCAAAGCGCAUUCCGCCUGGAGGGCCCGCAGGACGACGAGCUGGGGGAUGAGCCCAGGUACCGCGCCCUCCUGUCUGGUGUCGAGUGCUGCGCGGUGCUGCCAGACGGCCGUGAGCGCAAGGUGGCUUGCGAUGAGACCUUCACGGGGCUUGGCGUGACGCGCCGCCAGGCGGAGCAGGCGGCUGCGGGGCUGGCGCGCGACUGGUUUGUGGCGCAGGGCCUGUGGGACCCCAACACUGUGGAGGGGCCCCCGCCCCCAAAUAUCAGCCUGACGCGCGUGGCCAAUCGGCACCGCGUGCAGUCUCGGCUGCGCGAUGAGUCCAACCCCCUGGCUUUCCUGGACCUCACCCUGGGGGCAGGCAGGGUGCACCGUGUUGUGCUGGAGCUGUUCAACCACACAGAGCCGCUGGUACGGCAGGAAGAAGGCCGCAAGCUCGAGCUGGGGCCGGGCGCGGCUUGCUUUAUGCAGAUGCUGCAUGGCGCCGCCGAGUCGCCGCAACAGCAGGCAGCAGCACGCUCCAACGAAGGGGGCGCGGCGCCGCUGACGGCGCCGCCCGGGGCGUUUGGCGGAUCAGGCGUAAUUGGCGCUGAGUUUGGCUGCAUCCUGCCAACCCUGCUGAUGGCGGUGGGCGGGACCCCUGAGAACGCCCUCGAGAUUGCGGGUGGGCCUCACUGA